AUGGCAACCGCUAUAAUACAAAACGGUGCCUCAAGAUGGCAAUACUUAGACCGUAUUCGAAGGACACCUGGUCCUUUCAAUCAGGACUCAGAUGUAAGCGAAGAAGCUCUCGCGACGCUGGACAAGACCAAGAUCCUUGUUAUUGGUGCUGGCGGACUUGGUUGUGAGAUACUAAAGAACCUCGCCCUUUCUGGGUUUAAGGACAUUCAUGUCAUAGAUAUGGACACCAUCGAUAUCUCCAACCUCAAUCGUCAAUUCCUCUUUCGCAAAGACGACGUAGGCAAGUUCAAAGCAGAAGUCGCCGCCAAGUUUGUUGAGAAGCGAGUCAAAGGUGUCAAGAUUACCCCACAUAACUGCCGAAUUCAAGAGUUCGAUGAGGAUUUUUAUAUGCAAUUUCAGCUAGUUGUAUGUGGUCUCGACAGCAUCGAAGCACGGCGAUGGAUCAACGCGACCCUCGUGAACAUGGUGGAUAUGGAGAACCAGGACUCUCUGAAGCCAUUGAUUGACGGCGGAACAGAAGGAUUCAAGGGCCAAACUAGGGUCGUAUUCCCAACUCUCACACCGUGUAUCGAGUGCCAACUAGACCUCUAUACCCCAAGAGCGGCCGUACCGCUUUGUACAUUGGCCACCAUCCCCCGCCAGCCCGAACAUUGCAUAGAGUGGGCACAUAUUAUUGCAUGGGACCAAGAGAAACCGUUCCCAAGCUUAGACAAGGACGACCCCGAGCAUAUCACAUGGCUAUAUCGUAAAGCCCUCACGCGAGCUCAAGAAUUUGGCAUCACAGGUGUUACCUACUCACUCACCCAAGGUGUCGUCAAAAACAUCAUACCAGCAAUAGCGUCCACUAACGCCAUCAUUGCUGCGAGCUGCUGCAAUGAGGCUUUGAAGAUAGCCACCGCAGCUGCGCCCGCCCUCGGGUUUGAGGAGAGUUACAUGAUGUAUUCCGGCGAUGACAGCAUUUACACAAACACUUUUAAGUACGACAAGAAAGAUGACUGUGCUGUGUGUGGCGAAGUGGCUAAGCCGCUAGAAGUUGACCCCAAUUGGACAUUGAGGGAACUCCUUGACUCCUUUUCCACAAAGGCUGAUCUCCAGUUGAAGAAACCCUCAAUCAGAGCCGAAGGCAAGACGUUAUAUAUGCAAUUCCCACCAAGCAUCGAGGAGCAAACCCGAUCAAACCUAGACAAGACCCUAAAGGAAGGGUUGGGGUUGGACAUAAAUCAUGAAGUUGCCGUGACGGAUCCAGCAUUCCCAGCACUGACUUUUAGAUUCAUUAUACGUUUUGCAUAA